AUGCUCGAUAAUAUUGUGCUCGAGCAUGAUAUCAACUCGGCAUUUUGGCAACUUCCGUUGUCCUUUUUUGAUCGCAGCCAAUACCGCCUAGACCUGGAGCAAGUAUUUUGUGUACCAUACACCGAGUCACGCACUGGCUCUUGUAUUGAGUACAAGGCAAAGGUUGACAAGUGGACGAUUCGCCAAACUGGCCUGUACCAUAGAUAUGACUGUGCGACAUCGCGAAGCACGUUCGUCCUAAUCAACCCAACGCCCCGGUCAAAGGCACUCCUCAAGGCAGAGGAUAUGUUACGCAAUCAUUGUUCAGAGAUAAAGAACAAUCCUUUUUGGAUUCACUCGGUCUUGUUCUCGACAUACUUGCCGGCGUGGAGAAAUAGCAUCUUGGAACGUGAACGCAAAUUCCUAACUCUAGCCAGCCCAACAUUUGCAGCAUUCAUUGACGAGCCUUUGAGUUUAAAAUAUAGCACCCUCAACGUGUUGACCAAGUUAGAAAGCGAUUUUCUUCAAAUGCCGACCAUGCUAGCGGGGACAAAAGAUGUCCUCGAUGAGCUCUGUACACUGAUUGGCUCCAUGGGCCCAACCCCAUCUACGGAUUUCGAGUUGCAGGAUCUGAAGAAUCAACGUCGACAGUGCAUCGCCUAUUCUCGGACGUCAAUACAUCUACAGCAACAAGUUCAAUCUGUUGCUCGACUUCUAGCUGAUACGCUACUGCUUCGAGACCAAGUUGUCACUGGCGAACAAAAUAAGCAGAUAUUCCAGCUGAAUAAGUCUGCAAUAUUCAUAACCAGACUAACUUUGUUCUAUCUCCCACCCUCGUUCCUGGCUACCUUGUUUGGCAUGAAUUUCUUCGCUAUGGACGAACAAAAAUCAGCUAUUGUCGCCACGCCUAUGAUAUGGAUUUUUUUCCUUUCAUCGGUCGGGCUAACCGCUCUUACCUUCGCUCUCUACUACUUGCUAGAACACCGCGGUAGCAUACCGCUCCCCAGGCUCCCCGCAAGAAGACCAGCGGUUCCCCAAAUCAACCUCCAAGCUAUGAUGCGUAGGCUCACAGGAAUGAGCACGUACGAGAGGGAGAUGGAGGAAUUUCAUGCGUGA